AUGACGGACGGCUGGUCCUUUCAGUUCUACCAGCUAAACAUGGAGGGAGCUUGGUCAUUCCUGGGAUUGCAGGCUAAGAGAGACAGCUGGCAAGCUAUUGCCACCAUGCUUGGGUCUAUAGUCCUGCAUGCACAACAGGCAUGCAACUCCCCUCUCCGACCUAGUCUGUCCUCCAACCAAGCGCCUGGAUCCAAACGGUACUCAGUCGCUUCUGUGGCGCCUAGAAUUAGUUCCCUUCAGUUGGCACCAAUGGGGGAGUUCAUGAGCGGGAUUCAGGAUGCUCUAGACGCUGACACUUAA